AUGCAGGAAGGACGCGCCGCCGCUUUAAUAAUCACGUUUUCUUUUCCAAAGCUGAGUUGGAGGAAAAAAGAAACACCACAUCUUCUGACCACGGUGGCUUCAGGGAACCUCCAGGCAAAGAGUGAGACGGUGCCACAGCCCAGUCCUGGUCAAUGGUCACCUAUCUCCGCGCUUUUCACAGCACUCUUUCAGGAGAUGCUACAAGUCCACAACAGUGAGGCUACAUCCAACAUCCCGGCACAAAACUGCACCACAUCCACCAACCCUUUCUCCAUUCAGACCCCAUCCUGCUCAGAUGGAGGGGUUUGA